GUGGCAAAUCUAAUCGCAUAGACUAAUCCGUUCCCGGCCGAGUCCUCUUAAUUACUGCUGGUGAAAAAACUUCAUCUCCGAUCGUGAUUCCGUCUUGAGCGUAUUGCUGAACUUUUCCUUUUCUACUUUUGUAAUUGGCCACGGGUUUCCCGCCGAGCGUAGUUUGCGCCCGUCGAUAAGCUAACGGGGCAUCGACCGCUGUUAGCUCGCAAGGGAGUGGGCCAUCACCACCAAUACACAACCAGGUUCCAACGAAUCGUGUGUAGUGCGUCGCGACCAUUGGUCUACAAUUUGUCGACCAAUCAUUGGGAAAGUGCAGACUAAAAUAUCCAAUUGUAUAAAUUUUUGGAUACGAUCAACAAAAGCCUCCAGCAAUGGAGCAAAUUGCCACCGCCACAGAUGGCCAAGUCGUCAUGCAGACCGUGCAGGGCGUUAGUCCUCAGCAAGUACAAGUUAUGCAGAUGAACACUGGUCAGGUAAUUCAAGGUGCUAAUGGUCAGCAAAUUAUGGUACAUGCCGUACCUCAGAGUGGUCAAAUCCAGGUUGCUCAAGCGGGAACUCAGGGCAUACAGCAGAUACAAGUACUACCAGUAUCGAGUUUACAGACGGCUCAGGGUCAAGUUCUUUUACAACAACCGCAACAGGCACAAAUCGUUCAGUCUUUGGAUGGCCAGACUUUUAUUUACCAACCAGUAGCCAUAGAUAACACGACGUUACAGCAAGCACAACCAACAGUACUGAAUAUAAACGGAAGUUUAGUGCAAAUCGCGAGUAGUCCGCCUACUGCCACAACUACCACGGCUGUGGCACAGCCCGCCGUCACCUCACCCACUCAGACUGUGGUGCCUCAAACCAUUGCCACAGCAUCCGCGAACCAGCUGACUAUGGCUAACGGAAACUUAGUCAUGGUGAGAAAUGCCUCAGACAUGGUGCCUGGAACCAGCGGAACCCAAUUCCAAAGAGUGCCUAUACCAGGAACGACCGAAUUUUUAGAAGAGGAACCUCUCUACGUAAACGCAAAACAGUACAGGAGAAUCUUGAAAAGGAGGCAGGCGCGAGCAAAGCUGGAAGCAGAAGGCAAAAUACCCAAAGAGCGACCGAAAUAUCUGCACGAAUCCAGACACAGACACGCCAUGAAUAGAAUAAGAGGUGAAGGUGGGCGAUUCCACUCAGGGUCGGUGAAGAAGCGGAAAGAAGAAAUGCAGAGGCAGCAGCAGCAGCAACAGCAACAGCAACAAACGCAACAGAGAUCAAUUGGGGUUUCGUAUAACAAUAUAGAGCUUGCGACGCCCAUUAUUAUAGAAAAUGUGAUGCCAGAUAUAAUCAAAACGGAUCCUCUCUCGAUUGAGGGCAAUUAGAGUAUUUUGAUUAGUUUUUGAAAGUUUAAAAUUGUAAAUUUGUUAGGAGACUUGUAAAUAGUUUUUUAAGUUGACUUAUUAUUUGUACAUAUUAUUAUAGGCGUUUGUGUCUAUUUUUACAUAUCCAUGUCAUUUUUAUGUUUUAUACUGUAUUUGCAGUUGAAAGAUUUUGUAUUAACAGUUUUGACUGAUCUUGUAAUUAGUUUUGUUAUUAAAAUUAAAUUAUUUCACCACAAA